ACCAGAUAGAGUGCUCGAUUGGUGGUGUUCCAUGCAUGGGGUUGAUGCAAAGGGACAGAGAGUCAUACCUGAUCCCGGAACAAAACAGAUAGCUAAUGCCAUUAUUGGCUUGAAGGAAAAGGAGGCAGCUGGUGAGUUCACUCCUAGAGGACAAGUUGAUGCCUUACACGAGACUCUAGGACGGGACCAGUAUGGACGUGUGAGGGGCGUAGGAGGUGUCCGCCUCGGGGUGAGAAAGGUGUAUGGUGAUCAAUACACCUCUACGUCCAGAUCCACUACCUCCAGUGUCAAUUCAUCACCUUCCAUAGAUGUGGAGGCUAUGAAAGCCGAACUUCGGGAGGAGCUCAGAGCGGAGAUGACUCAGAAUUUCAACGCCAUUUUGGCGCAGAUGGGCUUACCGACUUUUGGUGCUUUCACGCAGGGCAAUGUUCCUAUGCAGCCUGUUCCUACGCAGCCUGUUCCUACGCAGCCUCGUCCACAACCGGAGUUAACGGAAGAGACACCAUGUGAGCUAUGUAAUCAAGGAGAUGGUCAUGGUAGAUUCAUUAUCGUGGCUUAUGGAUCUGUACAGCCCCCUAGGGACCGGCCACUAUUGCACAACCAGCCAGUAGCUGAUAUUCACUAUGUGGUCAGCGUUGAAGACAUUGUGCCGGAGCCUGAAUGGCAGGAUGUUUGUAGUGCUUCUACAAACUCAGGAUCAACUUUUUCGAUUGUUUCAGUAGUUUACAGGGGAUCAAGACUCAAGAGUGGUGGUAGCAUGAACAUAUGGAAUGUUGGUCAUAAGCUCAAGAGAUUUUGGAGCAUAUAG